CCUCCGCGCGCGAUCGCGGAGUCCACAGGCUCAGGCCUUGGGGAGAGCGCUCGCGGAGCUAACAAAGCCCGCGGGCAGCUAUGAUAGGAGGAACGAGUCUCUGAGCUACGUGGGGUCCGGGAAAGGGCGUUGGGGUGGAGGUAUCUCUGGUAGAGGAUGGGGGCCCUUCAUCUCUUAAGUAAAUCAUCCCCCUCCUCCAGCCCCCCAGUUCCAGGACUUAGAGGCCGCGGCUUGGGAGCUUUCCUUUUGUCCAAGAGAAGGAAUAGGACCGCAUCUAGAGGCCUUGAGGUCAAACGCUUAAGAGCCACCUUCUCCAAACUGGACAGCAAAAGCCAAAGGCAAGCUUGGAGCUGAAAGAGUUGAGCAGGCAGGAACCUAUAUUGUGAAGCCCCAGGCCAGAAAGCGGUGUUCUGGAGAGGGUGAGGCUUGGCGGUCCUGGCCCCUCCUCACCAUACCUGCCCCCGCCCCUUUGGGUCUGGGACGGCUCCUUUAAGAACAGCGGAUCCACCCCCUGUAAAGGAGGGCCUAUUAGAGCCUGUGCCCGGCUGUCAGUGACUCAGUGUUCGCGGGAACGCAGCCUCAGCUUUGACACCAGCCAACCCAGAUCCCGAGGUGCGCCAGCGCCCAGCCCAGAUCUCCACGCCUGCCAGGAGCGAGCUAAGAGCCAGUCGCCGGCUCGCUGUGCCCCUGAGCAGCCUCUGUCCUUCUGUCCAAGUCCCGCGCCCUUCUCGGGACCCCUGCCCAGCGGGCAGCAUUGCCACCCUGCCGGCCAUGGAGACCCCGUCCCAGCGGCGCGCCACCCGCAGUGGGGCGCAGUCCAGUUCUACUCCGCUGUCGCCCACUCGGAUCACCCGACUGCAGGAGAAGGAGGACCUUCAGGAGCUCAACGACCGUUUGGCGGUGUACAUUGAUCGCGUGCGUUCCCUGGAGACUGAGAAUGCAGGGUUGCGCCUUCGCAUCACCGAGUCCGAAGAGGUGGUCAGCCGUGAGGUGUCUGGCAUCAAGGCGGCCUACGAGGCCGAGCUGGGGGAUGCCCGCAAGACCCUCGACUCUGUGGCCAAGGAGCGCGCCCGCCUGCAGUUGGAGCUGAGCAAAGUGCGUGAGGAGUUCAAGGAGCUGAAGGCUCGCAAUACCAAGAAGGAGGGCGACUUGCUGGCUGCUCAGGCCCGGCUCAAGGACCUGGAGGCUCUUCUCAACUCCAAGGAAGCAGCACUGAGCACCGCUCUCAGCGAGAAGCGCACACUAGAGGGUGAACUCCAUGACCUGCGGGGGCAGGUAGCCAAGCUUGAGGCAGCCCUAGGUGAGGCUAAGAAGCAACUUCAGGAUGAGAUGCUGCGGCGAGUGGAUGCUGAGAACAGGCUGCAGACCCUGAAGGAGGAGCUGGACUUCCAGAAGAAUAUCUAUAGUGAGGAGCUGCGUGAGACCAAGCGCCGGCAUGAGACCCGUCUGGUGGAGAUUGAUAACGGGAAGCAGCGUGAGUUUGAGAGCCGGCUGGCAGACGCCUUGCAGGAGCUGCGGGCCCAGCAUGAGGACCAGGUGGAACAGUAUAAGAAGGAGCUAGAGAAGACAUACUCGGCCAAGCUAGAUAAUGCCAGGCAGUCUGCUGAGAGAAACAGCAACCUAGUGGGGGCUGCCCAUGAGGAGCUCCAGCAGUCUCGAAUCCGCAUUGACAGCCUCUCGGCCCAGCUCAGCCAGCUCCAGAAACAGCUGGCAGCCAAGGAGGCAAAGCUGCGUGACCUGGAGGACUCGCUGGCCCGGGAGCGGGAUACUAGCCGGCGGCUGCUGGCCGAGAAAGAGCGAGAGAUGGCUGAGAUGCGGGCAAGGAUGCAGCAGCAGCUGGAUGAGUACCAGGAGUUGCUGGACAUCAAGCUGGCCCUGGACAUGGAGAUCCAUGCCUAUAGAAAGCUGCUGGAGGGCGAGGAGGAGAGGCUACGCCUGUCCCCCAGCCCUACCUCGCAGCGCAGCCGUGGCCGCACUUCCUCCCACUCAUCCCAAUCGCAGGGUGGAGGCAGCGUCACCAAAAAGCGCAAGCUGGAGUCCUCUGAGAGCCGGAGUAGCUUCUCACAGCAUGCUCGAACUAGCGGGCGUGUGGCUGUGGAGGAAGUCGAUGAGGAAGGAAAGUUUGUGCGGCUGCGCAACAAGUCCAAUGAGGACCAGUCCAUGGGCAACUGGCAGAUCAAGCGUCAGAAUGGUGACGACCCGCUGAUGACAUAUCGCUUCCCACCAAAGUUCACUUUAAAGGCUGGCCAAGUGGUGACGAUCUGGGCUUCGGGAGCUGGGGCCACCCAUAGCCCUCCUACCGACUUGGUGUGGAAGGCGCAGAACACCUGGGGCUGUGGGAACAGCCUUCGCACGGCCCUCAUCAACUCCACCGGAGAAGAAGUGGCCAUGCGCAAGCUGGUGCGCUCAGUGACCGUGGUUGAGGACGAUGAGGAUGAGGAUGGAGAUGAUCUGCUCCAUCACCACCACGGCUCCCACUGCAGCAGCUCGGGGGACCCCGCUGAAUACAACCUGCGCUCACGCACCGUGCUGUGUGGGACUUGUGGGCAGCCUGCUGACAAAGCUGCCGGUGGCUCGGGAGCCCAGGUGGGCGGAUCCAUCUCCUCUGGCUCUUCCGCCUCCAGUGUCACAGUCACUCGAAGCUACCGCAGUGUGGGGGGCAGUGGGGGUGGCAGCUUCGGGGACAGCCUAGUCACCCGCUCCUACCUCCUGGGCAACUCCCGUCCCCGGACCCAGAGCCCCCAGAACUGCAGCAUCAUGUAAUCUGGGACCUGCCGGGCAGGGGUGGGGGCAGAGGCCUCCUGCUCCCUCCUCACCUCCUGCCCACCUCCU